AUGGGCGUGGGAGAAGGUCCAAAACAGCGCAAGAGAACGCCAAGGGAUGAAAAAAGAUUCAUCGGCGUACGACAGAGGCCAUCCGGGAGGUGGGUAGCCGAGAUCAAGGACUCGCUCCAAAAGGUGAGGUUGUGGCUCGGCACAUUCGACACCGCUGAAGACGCUGCUCGUGCCUACGACAGAGCCGCACGCACCCUACGAGGCGCCAACGCUCGGACCAACUUCAAGUCCCCGUCAGUCGGACCUGAUGAUGAGGCGUUGGAUAACCUACCACCUUUCUCGUUCGAGGACGGCUGCGGCCCUGCCAACGACUUCAUUGGCGUGCUCAAGGCGAAGGUGCUUGAUGGCAAACUACCGUCGCACCCGGCUAUCGCCAAGGCUUUGGGCGCAACCAGAGUGCUCAGCCCUGGUCCUGGUCCUGGUCCUGGUCCUGGAGCCAAAGAGGCAACCCGUGGGGGAGGCUCUCUCAACAACAGCAUUAGUGUUGCCUCAAACGAGGCUUCAGACAUAAUGGAUGAGCAGGGGCAAUAUUGGCGAUUGCUAAACCAAGAAACACGCGCAGCACCAGCACCCGCACCCGCCUAUGUCACAAAUGGUAGACCACUAACUGACUUGGAGACACGCAUGUUCCCAUCCAGCAGCAUAAGCAUCUAUGCUGAUGGCUCAAGCUCGAGUUCAGAUCCAUUAAUAGGCGCAAGUGUGCGGGUGCCCGCGGCCGGCUAUUGCGUGGGAUCGGCGCCAAUCAAAGGGAAGGAGAUGGUAGAUGCAAAUGUGUAUAUACCGCAGCCACCUGACAACCAAACACUCUGUGACUGUGAGGAAUGGCCUCCUACAGAUUCCUCCUUGGAUUUUGAGUACGAUCCAGCAAACACACAACAUGAAGUCUGGUUUCCCUCUUCUUUUCCUUUCUGA